AUGGUGGUUUUGAUUUCAACAGUUAAGAAGACAAUUGUAGAUAAUUUGAAAAUAAGUAAUAGUAUUUAUGUGUUGCAUUCUUCCAUUAUACUUUUUGUUAAUCACCCACUCAGGCUGCUUCUAAACUCUUUGUUAAUAAUUUUGCAGCUUGUCUUUUCUCUUCUUCUCCCUUGUCUUAUAUUUUCUGAUCUUGGAAGAGCAGUUACUCUGCAAAACUUGGUGCGGUGGUGGUUUCUUCCAGUCAAUGUCAUUAUGGCUACAAUAUCUGGCUCCUUGAUUGGUCUCAUAGUGGCAUCCAUUAUCCGACCCCCUUAUCCCUAUUUCAAGUUUACCAUUAUCCAUAUAGGAAUUGGGAACACUGGGAAUGUACCUCUCGUCCUUAUAGCAGCACUAUGUCGUGACCAAUCCAAUCCCUUUGGUGACACUGCUAUGUGCAGUCAACAGGGAAAUGCAUAUAUCUCAUUUGGUCAAUGGGUUGGCGCAAUUAUUCUAUACACAUAUGUGUUUCAGAUGCUAGCGCCGCCACCAGGAGAAACAUUUGAUAGCACCGACGAGGCGAAACUACCAACGAGGACUUUUGUUGACAAUUUAGUGCCUGAGCAUGAUAAACUUCCAACUAAGCUCCCAAUCAGCACUACUGUGCCCGAACAAAUCACCACUACUGUGCCCGAGCAAGUGCCCCUGCUAGCUCUUGAGGAGACCCAGAAAAUUGGUCCAUUGUCUUCGAAAAGAGUAAAAAUUAUGGACCAGCUACAUCUUCUUGUUCAGAAACUAAAACUUAAGCAGAUUUUCCAGCCCCCAAUUACUGCUGCUAUUUUAGCAAUUUUUAUUGGUUGUGUUCCAUUCUUAAAGAAUUUUGUCCUCACGGAUGAUGCUCCAUUGUUCUUUUUCACAGACAGCUGCCUUAUUCUCGGAGAGGCCAUGAUUCCAUGUAUUUUGCUCGCCUUGGGAGGUAACCUUGUUGAAGGUCCAGGUCCAGGAAGCAAAAGACUUGGGUUCCGAACUAUUGUAGCUAUUAUAUUUGCACGGUUGGUCUUGGUUCCUCCAGUAGGGCUUGGAAUUUACUUCUUAGGUGAUAAACUUGGCUUCUACCCAGAGGGUGACAAAAUGUUCAGAUUCAUCCUCCUCCUCCAGUACGCAAUGCCCACUUCUGUGCUUUCUGGUGUGAUUGCGAAUCUACGAGGGUGUGGAAAGGAGUCAGCAGCUAUUUUGUUUUGGGUACAUCUUUGUGCGAUCAUCUCAAUGACUGGAUGGAUCACUCUGUACCUGUCCAUGCUUUUCUGAAGGACUUCAUCAUUGAGCUGGUAUUGUUUUGUAUAGGAAGACGAAUUCGUGCUUUGAGAUAUCGUCUAGUAUGGUUUAGAAUCUAGAUAGCAACCUCUAUAUAUCGAGGUAUGCUGCUUUAAUACCUGCGCAACCAAGUGGCUUCUCAUAUACUUGGUUGAGCGUGUAUAAUGGCACCUCUGAUGAAUGUAAUCACAGAGGAGCUGAUGCAUAUGCAGAGCUGGAGACUUUUUUCCACAUUAAGAUGAUGUUCGAUUUGGAUGUUAUGCUCAUAUGUCAAUUACUGAUUAGUGUAUAUAGACUUAAGAGAGAUGAGCUCGCUCGCUCGCUCGCUCAUCCUAUAUGUCGCCAUUCCUCUGCGUUUGUAUUAGAAUGUUUCUUUCCUUCUUUCUCACCAGUGUUUUUAAGUUCUACUUUUGCGAGUCGCAUGCUCAGAUGAGUACAUAACAGGAACCAGAAUAAUGUAAAUAAUGUCCUGUAUUUUAUCUCAUUAAUCAACUGUAUGAGUCUCUUUCUGCACUA